CUUGUAAUGCAAACCCUUGCAAUUCUUCCCUUGGAUCCCUCAAGCCUAAAGUUGUAAGUUGUACUUGUUCAACAUGGCUUCAGAACUCAAUGAUGACUAUACGGCCAGCGGAGAUGGAGCCGCAAAGCUUGAGAAUAGACGUAUACUCAUCCUCUAUGGUUCCGAGACGGGGAAUAGCCAAGACUUGGCCGGUGACAUUGAACGGCUUGCAGAAAGGUUGCACUUUAAUACGCAUGUUCGUGAAAUGAACGACGUUGAACUUAAUACAUUACUACAAUACCCUUUAAUCAUAUUCGUCAUUUCUACCACGGGCCAAGGCGAAGUACCCAAGAACGCUCGCAAGUUUUGGAAGAGUCUCCUCCGCAAACGACUUCCUCCAAAUUGUCUGCAGCUAGUUAACUUCACCACUUUUGGUCUCGGCGAUAGUUCAUACUCCAAGUACAACUGGGCAGUUAGGAAACUUCACAAACGUCUUGAACAACUUGGUGCGACCGAGUUCUUCCCACGUGGCGAGGCUGACGAACGUCACCAAGACGGUAUUGACGGUACUUUCUUAUCCUGGUCCCUGAGCCUUCGUAGUCAUCUUCUGAAGGAGUAUCCAUUACCUGUCGGUCUAUCACCUAUACCCCUAGAUGUGCAACUUCCUCCCAAGUUCACAUUAGAGCUAGCACCCACGAUGGACCUCUCAGAUGAGCUCAUGCCUGACCGUGAUGGGUACCAAGUCGGGAAUUUAAAGAGUGCAAAUUUGACAUCUCCUAUUGUCAAAUCGUCGAAUGGGUAUCAUCAUCCUGCGCAUCAUGAUCAGACUCUCGACGAAAAAGCAGCACUUUUUAGUCAUGCCGACACGCCUAACCCAGAGCAGUUAGAGCAAGCUCUGCGAGCAGAGAGGAUGUCUAUCAAUAGCAAUAGCUAUCCGGCACGUCUAUCGGAGCAGACAGCCAAGCAAAUACAGGGCGGGAUAGAUAUUCUAGACCGACCAAAUGUUCUAAGAGACCACCCAUCUAAAUACCUCCUAGAGGACCCGAGUAGUUGUAAAGACGCUCUUCCCCCCUCAGAUCUUCUUCCGAUACCGAGAGGCUGGGUCGCACACUUGCGUGAGAACCGUCGCGUCACUCCUAUUAAUCACUGGCAGGAUGUCCGCCAUCUAGUUCUCGAAGUCCCUACACAGCCAAAUUCCAACAGAAGGGGCGAUAAAGAGCUCUUCAGCUACGUCCCGGGUGAUGCAGUCCUCAUUUAUCCCAAGAAUUUCCCGGCGGAUGUACAGACAUUGAUUGAUCUCAUGGGUUGGAACGACGUCGCUGAUAUGCCCUUUGAGCAUCGCGCAAGGCAGCAAGAUGUGCUUUAUUCAAAGCCUAAGAAUUGUUACCCCAUUCCUAACUCUACUUUACGCGAGCUCCUUAUUCACAACUACGACAUAACUGCUAUUCCGAAGCGCGUAUUCUUCCAAGACAUUGCUUUCUAUACAGAUGACCCUAUGCACCAAGAGCGCCUGCGGGAAUUCGCCAACCCUGGCCUCUCGGACGAAUUCUACGACUACACCUCUCGACCUCGACGAUCCAUUUUAGAGGUUCUCCAAGAUUUCCCGUCGGUCAAGAUUCCCUAUCAACAUCUUCCAUCCAUUUUCCCUGUCAUGCGAGGCCGAGAGUAUAGUGUCGCGAGCGGCGGCCAACUUCUUAGGAACGAACAAAACUUGGAGAUUACACGAAUCGAACUUCUAGUAGCGUUGGUGAAAUACAAGACGGUUCUACGAAAAACUCGACAGGGACUCUGUUCUCGUUAUUUAGAAUUCUUGCGCCCCGGCACGAAUAUCAUGAUCACCCACAGGGAAUACGAUACGCUGGAAGCCAGUUGGACUCGCAGACCAUUAUUGGCAAUUGCCCCAGGCACGGGUGUCGCGCCAAUACGUGCCCAUCUUUGGGAUCGUAUCGACGAAUCGCAAGCCGGCGACGCUCUCCUCUUUUUUGGCGGUCGAAACCGUAACGCCGACUUCUACUUCCAAGAAGAAUGGGAAGAUCUUAGGGUAAAGGUUCUCACAGCGUUCUCGAGAGAUCAAGAGGAGAAGAUCUACGUGCAGGACCGUAUCCGUGAGCAGUGGCAGCUGGUCUGCGAAUUUAUCCAGAAGGGUUGCGUAAUCUGCAUUUGUGGGAGCUCGGGGAAGAUGCCGGAGGCAGUUAAAUUAGCCAUACAUGACGCCAUGGUAAUGGGAAAGAUGGCUCCUGAUCGUGAGGCCGCAAAACAGGUACUGGCCAGGAACAACCCGUUAUGGGAGGAGGUUUGGUAACGAACAGAAUGAUUUUAUGAGUGGCAACGCUACUCCCCCAAGACUGUACCAUUCACCAGUCAUCAUGGUAGAUGUAACAAUAACCACGCUGAGCAAUAGCUUCGAUGUAAAUACUAGGACAUAUUCCUAUUCCUAGCUAUUAAAUUAACAUGAGACUUAAUGAAUAG